AUUAAACUGAGGCCACAACAAAAUAUCACUGGCACACACUCCGCCUAACCUCAGCCACAUCUCGGUUACUCCCCUCUUUAUUUAACCCUUCUCACCGCACUUUAGCACCACACACCAAAUCGCAAAUCCACAACAAAUCUAAAUAAGCAAGGACUCUGUCUGUCUCUCUCUCUCUCUCUCAGUUUGCCAUUGCCAGAGAGGGAGCCCUGGAUUUCAAAUAGAAUUUCGCAAGAGUCCCUUCUAUCCUUUUCUGCUUUCUCUUGAGGGGUUAAGAACCCGGAGAAGAAGAGUUGUCCACAAUCACGGCUUUAUUCAGAGUGAACCGACCCGCUGUCACACAUGUUCGUUCAGUCCGACGCAAGGGUUGUGUGACCGCGAGCAACCCUUCGCCGCACGGCGGACGUGGAGCCUUGCCGUCCGAAGGCGGCAGCCCCUCCGACCUCCUCUUCCUCGCCGGCGGCGGUUCUUUCCUUGUGUAGUUUACCCUAGAUAGUAUUCUCAAUUUUUUGUUUAAUUCUUUUGGCUUAUUGUGUGUAUUCGAGAAAUUCGAUCUAGAAUCUAUUUGGGUUAUUGACUGAAGAGAGCUGAAAAACUAUACAAAAGGUAUAGUUGUUUGAGAAAGAGAGUUUUAAAGAUGAUGCUAAGGAUUAAGCGGGUUCCUACUGUGGUUUCCAACUACCAAAAGGAAGAGGCUGAGGACGUUGGGGCUCGCCAAGCGUCUGGCUGUGGCCGCAAUUGCCUCAGGAGCUGCUGCCUUCCAGGUUCGAAGCUGCCAUUGUAUGCUUUUAAGAAGGCGAAUGAGGUUGGUAGUGGAAAGAGUCUUGUUAGCACCGUGAAAAAUGAAGCUCCAACUGACUUUCUGAAUUCCCUUCUUCUCGGAGAGUGGGAGGAUCGCAUGAAGAGAGGACUCUUUCGCUAUGAUGUCACUGCUUGCGAAACCAAGGUAAUUCCUGGGGAGUAUGGAUUUAUUGCACAGCUGAAUGAGGGCAGACAUCUGAAGAAAAGGCCAACAGAGUUUCGUGUUGACAAGGUCCUUCAGCCCUUUGAUGAGAACAAGUUCAACUUCACUAAAGUCGGGCAAGAGGAGGUCCUGUUUCAAUUUGAGGCCAGUGAGGAUGACCAAGUUCACUUCUUUCCAAAUGCGCCCAUUGAUACAGAGAGUUCGCCUAGCGUUGUUGCCAUUAAUGUUAGUCCUAUUGAAUACGGACAUGUGUUGCUUGUCCCUCAAAUUCUCGAGCGCUUACCACAGCGAAUCGAUCGAGACAGCUUCUUUCUGGCUCUCCAGAUGGCUGAAGAAGCUGGGAAUCCCUACUUCCGAUUGGGUUACAACAGCUUGGGUGCUUUUGCCACCAUCAAUCACCUUCACUUUCAGGCUUACUACUUAGCUGCACCUUUCCCCAUUGAGAGGGCCCCUUCCAAGAAGAUAACCACCACAGGUGGUGGGGUCAGAAUUUCUGAUAUUCUCAAUUAUCCAGUUAGAGGUCUGGUUUUCGAGGGUGGAAAUUCUCUACAAGAUUUAUCCAAUGUUGUCUCGGAUUCUUGCAUUUGCCUGCAGGAGAACAACAUACCCUACAAUGUGCUCAUUGCCGAUUCUGGCAAACGAAUUUUCCUCUUCCCACAGUGCUAUGCGGAAAAACAAGCCUUAGGGGAAGUGAGCCCUGAGUUACUCGACACUCAAGUCAAUCCAGCAGUUUGGGAGAUUAGUGGACACAUGGUACUGAAACGAAAGGAGGAUUAUGAAGGGGCAUCUGAGGAAAAUGCAUGGAAGCUCCUAGCAGAGGUUUCAUUGUCCGAGGAGAGGCUGGAAGAAGUGAAGGAGCUUAUAUUUGAAGCCAUUUGCUGCAAAGUGAAGGAAGAAAUUGUUGGUCAUACUACUAUGGAGGAGGAUCCAGAUGGGACGUCUGAGUCUCAUGAAGACGACUUAGAUGCCCUCAAGGGCCUCCAGCCAGCCUUGGUGCCUGUGUAGUGGAGCAUUUCUUCUGUUUUAUGCACGUGAUUUUUAAGUGUUUCUGCAAAUUGAACUGUGUGUUGGAUUUAUUGCCUAAAUAAUGUUGCUCUGGACAAAUUAUGUAUGUAACUUCUGUCUGGUGGUAAUGUUGGAUUAUUAUUUAUGCUCGUGUAGGACACCAUGUCGUGAUCGUUGCUUUAUUUGGUGAGACUGUUGAAAUGAACUUUCUUCAAAUCUGUCCUUCAACUUUGUUGUCAUUCUGUUUCCAUGUUCCUUUUUUUUUUUUCUUUUUCU